AUGUCAACAAAUUUCUCUUCUGACCCUAAAUUUGAAUCGCCUCGUGAUGACCAUGAACCACGUAAUGAACAUCCUCUUUAUGAGGAUGAUUCGCCACCAAAAAAAUGCAGUUGGGGCUUUAUCGAUCUUUC